GGACAGCCGCCGCAGCCGGAGUGUAUUCGAGGACGGACAGCCGCCGCAGCCGGAGUGUAUUCGAGGACGGACAGCCGCCGCUUGCUGCGCCAAGCAGAGCGAUCCCCCGGGGUUAGUGAGGGGUUGGAACCGGACGGGCGGACAGGGCCCGGAGCAGCCCGCGAUGAUCAGUCAGAGCUCACUCCAGGACUCGCUGGACGGCGAUGAGAAGGAAAUGGAGCCGGAGCCGGUGGUAGAGCCGCCAGAGGGGCGGCCGAAGGAGCUGCAGCAAACGAACGCUUACUACAGCCUGUACCGGAGGCAGAGGUCUCGACAACUGGGAGACCAUGGAGAUGUGGGUCACAGAAGAACUGGAUCAUCAGACGUUUUCCCCAAGGAAGCAUUGUCUCAGGAGGAUCUCAGCCUCUCUUUAUUGGCGUCCAACCUGCCUGUCCUGGCUGAAACAGAACUCCGAACAUUCUUGGUAAAACGGCUCAGUAAAGGAGCAUUUUUUGCUGGGAUGGGCUCUAUUGUAGCAGUGGAUUUGAGCAUUGCCGAGCAGUCUGUGGCUUGUUACUACUGUCUCCUUCAUCAGGACCAGCCUGCAGGGGUGGAAAAUGACAAAGUGGAGUCCAAAGCUGUGGUCACUGAUUAUAUUCUUUGCUUUCUGGGAAGUACUGAGAAGAGUCUUGAACUGUUCAGAAUCGAGUUGGAUAAAUACGCACAAGGGUUGCAGUCUUACUUGUAUGCUGAGGCUGACGCAGUGGAGCUGAACAUCCGACCGUACCUGAGCAGCUGGUACAGCAAUGCUGUGCUCUACAUUCAGAGGGUGGUGCAGCUCUUCCAGAACCGGCUUGCAAUUCUGCUCUGGGCUGCUUUGAGUAAUACUCCAGUUGAAGUGAAAAGUACUGACAAUGACAUAAAACUGGCUGCUGAGAGGUUUCUCUGUGCUGCCAGCCUUCAGGGCUUGUUGCAAGAGGACACCUUGGCCUCCCUGUGUAAGGCGGCGGCGGAGGAGCGGCAGAAAGCCAUUGUUGUCGACUGCAGUGGACUGACUCCUUCUUUCGAAAAUGCAGUGAGCAACAAAUUCUGUGAAGACUGGAUCCCUUCUUUUUUAAAUGGCUCUGAGAGUGGAAACCCAUUCCACCUCCGGCAGAUCCUGGAAAAUUUUAAAUUAAAGGCCAUCCAGGACAUGAACAGUCUGAAGCGGUACAUUCAGCAGGCGGAAAUGAGCAACUACGCCCUGUUCAAGUGCUUUGUCUUUCUGAAGAACUGCGGCAACGGGGACGUCCUGCUGCAUAACGUGAAAGUGGAGCAUGUCAACAUGCCCGAGGCUUGCAGCGUGGUGAAGGUGCUUGAGGAAUUCAUGUACGAGGAAGGUGUGAUUACCCCCACUAACUAACAACAGAUUGUGUCAGACGUACUUUAACAAAGACUUCUCUCUCUACAGUAUAUGUUGUGCUACUUGAGGAGGAACCUCACUGUCACCGAUAUUGUAUUUGUUUGGCAAUGCAGAGCUUCAGAUAUUUAUUCCUAUCAGAAGAGGUAUGGGGGGGAGGGGGAAGAGAGAGAAAGAGAGGAACAGUUUUUUUUAAAAAGGGGAUUUAUGAAAAACUGAUCACUGGAAAAUAUAACAUGGUGAACUGUAGUUAUUUUCCUUGUCUGUCAUUAAUAGAGUUGUUACUCUGAUUGUUUAGAAACAUGUAGAGUGCAAUUUUACCAAAGUUUAUCAACCAAAACACUACUUGAAGAUUUGGAGACACAUCCACAUUAUGAAACAUGCCCACACUAGAGUGUGUGUUAUUAAUUAAUUGUAAAUAGUUGCUGUGUGUUCUAGGAAUCUGUCUGGUUAAAAAUGAAAAUGUACCCUGGUUUGUUCAGAAUCCAAAUAGAAAUUCAAUAUUGGAUGAUUUUUGGUUGUCAAUCUGUCUGCUGCUGUCAGUUUUAUAUUUUAUUAAGGGAUGUAUAUCUCUGAAUUAAUUAAAGUAGAUGCUUAAGUAGUA